AUGCGCAAACAAGCGAUUCGCGGAGAACCAACUCCUUUAAGCGGACACGAGGCAACGGAGAGGACAGAGACAGAACACGGUGAAGAGAAGGAACAGGCCGACAGAGAAGGUGCCGAAAAAGAAGGCGGGAGAAAGAAGGUUGAGACAGAGAGAUUGGAGAGAGAAAGGUUGGAGAGAGAGAAAUUGGAGAGCGAGAGGGUCGAGAGAGAAUUGGCUGACCGUGAAUGGGAAGAGCAAGAGCGGACCCAGCGUGAAUGGGACGAGAAUGAGCCAGCCCCGAUAGAAUCGGAUGAAGAAGACGAAGUGAUGCCGCCCAAAACGAUUGUAAUCGAUAGCGAUUCAUCGGACGUUCCGUCCUGUUCCAGAACCGGAGCGGCUUCUAGAGUGGAACGGCUUAUGAAAAAUGAGGGACACUACAGUCGAUCCGCUAUGGAUUGCAGUGUGAAAUGGAGAAACAUGAAGCGAGUCUACCUGCAGUUAUGUGUGCCUGGCACAGAUCCUAAAGAACGGCUUCGCUGGCCAUACACGGAGAGUCUGGAAAAGCUGCUGGAAAACAAUCCUAUCGUGACAUUAGAACAUGUCACUGAUGUUGUUGACUCCGUGAAAAAAAGGGGAAAGUCAAAGAGGACGGAAAAUGCUGCCAAUUCCCUCAAAACUGAUAUGGUAGAAAUUGAACGAAAGCGAGCCGCGGCCCUAGAAAGAAUCGCAAAAUCCCAACUCGGGAAAAACGAAGCAAUGACUAAAAUAGCUAUGGCCAUCGAAGCCCUAGCUGCUCGGAAAUGA